AAAAAUAACCAACAGCUCACUGGAGCUGGAGCUCGGAUCUCCAGUGUAUUUAUCAAACUAAAUGAGUAAAGAAAUGACCGGGACAGAGUGAUUUAAAGAAAAUGAAACAAUAAAUAAUAAAACGUGAUGCCUUUCAGAGCAGCUCUCGGAUGACUUGUGCGGAAGGACUUUCUUUACAGCGUGUCUCUGCCCCUUUCUGCAUCAUUUGCCUCUCCACGCUGCGCCGCCACUCCUCUCUUUCACUCUGUACAGUUUUCCAGGAGGACCAGUUCCUGUCAGACUCCUUUCACACACACGCACACACACCUCAGCGCGGACAUCUGCAGCACCGACCCAUAGUCAUGGCUUUACCGGACACUGCCCCUCUGCUCGCGGGACUACUGCUCCUCUUUCAUGCUUUUGGAGCAUGGGCCAUAGUGGUGGUGAACAUGGAGGACAAAGUGGAGGUAAUGGCUGGAGAGACGGCUCAGAUCACCUGCAUGUUUACAACUGACGAGGGCCUGGGCGGCACCACCAUACAGUGGUUCUAUGUGCCACCUAAUAAGGAGAGACAGAGAAUCUACAACAAGGAACCAAUGCAUGAGGCUGCAGAACAAAACACACUGUUCACGCAUCGGAUCAGCUUGAACGUCAAUGGAACCGCUGCUGUGCUGGUUAUCAGAGAUGUGGGAGUGAAGGACAACUUGGAGUUUAUCUGUGUCAUCAAAACUCUCACACGUGAGGAAGCAGAGGGACGAACCCAGCUCCAAGUGUUUAAAUCACCAACCUUUCCUACAAUUGAGGCCGUGGAAACAGGGAUAUCAGUAAAUGAAGAUCAAUCCAAGAUUGGGUCUUGCAAGGUCAAAAACGGAUACCCAAAGCCAAAUAUCACUUGGUACAGAAACAACAUGCCGCUUCGCAAUACUCAACAUGAGGUGGAUGUAUCCUCCAGCACCACUACUGAAUCGAGUGGUCUUUACUCAGUCCAGAGUGAGCUGACAAUGAAAGUUAAGAAAGAGGACAAAGAUGCAGAGUUCUACUGCGAAGUCGUCUACUUUGUCCCUGGAGCGACCAAGAUGACCGAGAGUCAGCGCAUUAACAUCUCUGUAUACUAUCUCCCCACUGAAGUAAAUAUUUGGGUGGAGUCACCAAAGGGCAAAAUCAAGGAAGGGGACACACUUGAGCUUCGCUGCGAUAACAAUGGCAACAAUCCAUCCUCAAUCACCACAAUUAAGCACCAAAAUAGUGAAUACUCUGUGGACAACAAGACAAUGGUGCGGACUAAUGUGACGCGUUUAGACGGUGGAGUUUAUGAGUGCACCUUUACGGAAACGGAUAACUUUGAGGAGAUCUCAGGGAGUACUAAGGUGUCGGUUAACUACCUUGAAUCUGCUGUUAUAACGCCUAAAGACAGCAUUGCGGUGAUGGAAGGAGAGGAGCUGAAGGCCAGCUGCAAUGCCCUGUCUUCUCUCCAGACAUCCACAACCUGGUUUAAGAAUGAAAAGUUGGUGUCAAAAGGCAACACUUUGAGUGUGAAGAGCGCAACGUUAGAAACAGCAGGGAUGUAUAAGUGUGUUGUGACCGUUCCUGAGAUGGAGGGGAUGAAAACCAGUGGCAUACUUCAAGUCAAUGUUAAGGGUUCGCCACAGAUUUUGGGGCCAGAUGUCCAAGAAGUGGAGACUUAUGAGACAACUGUUAAUCUGACCUGCAGUGCCAGAGGGUUUCCUGUUCCCACAAUUAUGUGGACAACUUCUGAUGGGAAGAACCUAAAUGCAUUGCAAACAGAGACUGAAGAUGGCGCUCAGAGUGUGGUCACUUUCAAGAUCACCUCCAAUGUGAAAGUUUUCUGCAAUGCCAGCAAUGACUUUGGCUCUAAAGUGGUGGAGUUCAACAUCAAAGCCAUUUUAAACACCACAUUAACAACAAUCACUUCCAUGCCAACAAUCAGCACUACCACACGAUCAACCACUACUAUAUCCAGUGACACAGUUGUACACACCACACCAACAACCACCACUACCACAUCAACCAAUACUAUAACCGAUGACACAGUUCAAACGCCCACCAAAUCACCAAAUAUCAAGAAAGAGAGCAAAGGUUUUGUUAUCGCAAUCAUCAUCAUCGCCAUCUUCCUUCUGGCUAUCUUGGGAAGCGUGCUCUAUUUCCUGUACAAGAAGGGCAGGAUCUGCGGCCGAUCUGGCAAGCAAGACUUCAGUAAGAGGAAGUCCAGCAAAGAUAACAUUGUGGUGGAGAUGAAAAGCGACAACACAGAGGAGGCGAUUCUCCUUGGGGUCAACGGAGAAAAGCAACAACCAAAUGACCAAUAAAGGCCGAUGAGCAUCUGCACGCGUGAAAGUGAGGAGGUGACACACCGACGGCUGCUCCCGUUCGCCCCUCUCAGCCUCAGGCCCCGCUGCUGCCUUCAAGCACCCCCAGCUUUUUAUUCCAAUCGUGACUAUCAGGACAAAUGAAGUUAUUCCAAGCUAUGGCUUUUUCUCUUUCUGCCCUUUACGUGCCAGCUCCUCUGUUGGAAUGCAUCUCGAGCUUUAAUGAAGAAGGUUGGAAAGUUUCAUUUCAGAACUAAGAAAUCUCCCUUCAACCCCAAGGAAUGCCGCAGAUUCUCCUCACAGUGUACUGCUGAUAGUCCACAGAACAAUAAUUAGAGCACAAAGCCGACCAGGGACUAUUUUUAUACCCCAAAAAGCAUCACCUCAAGCCCCUUCAGUCACCGAAGAGCAGCCUGAAACAGCUCAGCUAAUGUACAUAUUAUUAUCUAUGUAUAUAUUUCUUUAUUUAAAGUAACACAAUGUGGGGGGAAAGAGAAAAAAGACAAGAUAGUGUGGUGGGGAUUUGUUUUUUAAGGAAGAUGGCAAGGAGAGUUUAAGUAGAUAUUUUGUUUUUAUUAUUUUGUCUUUACACUGAAUUGUUUUUGUAGCUCUAGCGAUGCCUCACCUCUACAGCCAGUUCACAGCUUCACCAAAUAUUGGCUCUGAAAGAAAAAUUUGAAUCACGUAUCUUUCACAUUAUUUUGAUAUCUACUCCUCUAACACUCAACGUUCACACAAUCUGCGGAGUGUAAAGUAUAUUAACCAAAGUCAUUUUGUGAGGCAGGUGAACAAAUCUGACUAUGUUAUGCAGUCCAGUUAUAAAUGACCGAUGCCUUAGAAUCUACAUUCGAAGCCAUUUUUGUACUGUUAUAUUUAAUGUUCAGCGCACUGAUUUCUUUGGUGAUUCAUGCAGGCUUUGUUGUUGUGGAAGGAGCCACCAUCUUUCAUCGUUCUAUACGUUCAUGACAUGCUUCACUUCUGUAAUCAUUUCUUUUGAAAAUUUAAAGUUGGAGGUUAAAACACGUGGGUUCACGGCAUGAUGUUUCCUUCUUUAUAAGAAAAAGACAUUUCUGUGUGAUGAAUGAAGAAAUUCAUGUAUUGAGCAAAACUUGAAACACUGUUGAAAACUGUUGUGUCCCAGAGAGGCAUGAGAAUGCCCCUCAGCCUUGAUGCCUUAAAACAUCAACCACUCCUCAUUUAAGUGUAACCAGAGCCUUUCUUUUUCAUUUCGGUAACUAGACUAGACUUCACUACUGAGAAGAGGGGACUGACUGUGACUCCGCAUAUGCAAAUCAUGUUUGAAGACAGUUAAGCCUCUGUUUUGUUUCUGCUGUUGAUGCGUGUGACCACUGUUCAAUGUAUAAUGCCUUUUUAAAGACUGAAAGAUAAAAUAUGUUAUAAUAUCACUGAAGACAUUAUAACAUAUUUAACAACAAAUCUGAUUGUUUGUAGUUUUUUUUUUUGUGAAAUUCUACCAAAUAAAAAUGGACUGUUAAAUGAACGUAA